AUGUCAUUAAAAGAAAAUCCAGAGUCGUUAGACUCUGUUCGUAUCAGCCACCUCAUUGACAAGUUCAAGAGUGCCCAUCCAGAAGAACCACUUCCUCUUUCUGAUGCGUUACAGUAUUUGAACUAUUGCAUCUCAAACGUGGUCAAUAAGUUUGAUCGUCAAGAAAAGGUCAACAGCGUUUGUGUGAUUGCUAAUUUGUCAGGCAGAUUGCCAAAGCUGAAUCAAGUGGCCGAGUUGUUCGACGAGACUUUUUUCAACGAGCUUAUCAAGAUUGGGAUUCAAAAGCCAAAUAGCCGUUUGGGAAAUGAAAUGCUCAAGAUCAUUAACAGCUUCCUCAGAGGCACAUUUGUCGAGGCUACAAGUGAGAAUGUUGGCGUUAAAAUAGCUAAUGACCUUUUCAUGGCACUCCAAACCAAUAUUUCGAUCCUUGACGUUGUUUGCAAGAGGCUCGAUGAAAGCGAUCAAAUUGGGAAGUACCUAUGCUAUGAGUUUGUGGCUUACUUGUUUUAUGGACUUCAGAAUUAUGGUUUUGAAUUCUUCAGCGUGUUCUUAGAUAUCACUAGAAAAAUAGCGUUAAUCGAUGUGUGUGAAAACGUCUUUCGGGAGAAUGAAAGUAACCCGAAGCUUUUCAAAGAUUACUGCACUUUUACUGAAGCCUGUCAGGUAGGGCUUUCUGCGAUGAAUGUGAUAUCACAGAACAUCAAAUUUGACCCACAAAAUCCUCAUCAUGAAAAACUUGUUGAAAAGGUGUUGCGUUACACCAAAAAAUAUAGUCUUGGUAGCAUCGAGAAAGACGAAGAAAUUUUCGAGAAAUCAGGGAUUACAAGAGAUCCAAUCAACUUCAUUAGCCAGAAUUUUAGUGUUUCUGCUAUUCAUAACGCGAAGAUAUUUCUUUCUAGAAAUAAUGAAGUGUUCCGCAAGAAGUAUUACGAACAGUUGAUCCUCGCCACCCCUCAAAAUUGCUUCCCAGUUUUGAAGAUGUGUUUUGCCCUUAGUGAUUUCAUCACGAAAGACUUGUUCUUUUCGUUUUCUGAGAAUCCAGUUCAUGAAGAGAUUUCCAAACGGAAUUUCAGCAAACUUCAGUACUAUUUCCCAUGUUUUGAUACGGUGUUUGCCACAUGUAUGAUGCUAUCGCUCGAUUUUUGGAGCAAUUCUCGAGCCGAAAACCAUAGCAACGAGGAAGGUUUGAAUGAUGAUGAUGUUAUGGUAAUGAUUAACCUUCUUAAGGCGGUGUUGAAGGAUGCCAAUGGGAGAGUCUGUGCUUCAAAGAACGAAACUGACCUUCCUAUCUGUACCACAGAAUUAUUGGAAUUGCUCAGAACUUAUUCAUUCCAACGUGCCCGGGACUUGCAAUACAAGCAGGUGUUUAGUAGCCGUGAAAAGUGUUGGGGGGUUGACAUUGGGUCGUUUGAUAACCGACUUGAACUCGAAGUUGGCAAUUUUGUCAGAGAAGAACGGACUUUGCAAUUGAUCAGUGGGUCGUGGUUUCAUUUUGAGGAUCCCAGAAUUUCUGAGCCAAAAUUCCCGCAUCAAUCGAACUUGCCUGGUGCAUCAGCAACCGGAGGAGGGCCCACCAGUAUUGCGUCGACUCGACAAAAACGUUCGAAGAAAGCUUAUGUUUGCUUGGCCCCAAAUAGACAACAUAUUCUUUAUAAAGAGUUUUCCUCGAAAGUCAAUCUUGAUGAGCCCCAAGUGCUUGAAAAGCUGGACUCAAAACACAUUCAAAUCUCAGCAAUUCGUGAUAUCAAAGUCACGGCGUUGAACAACGCCGCUGCUGGGUCUUUAACUUCGUCAUUAUCUGAUGGUUUAGGUAAGAGUUCUUCCAAUGCCUCGAGAUUCACUAGUCUUUUCAUCAACAUAAAAUCACGGAAUGUAUUCCAUAGACUCACAUUAUUCGAUCGUCUGGGUAAAGAAAUUGUGUCAUUCUACACGGAUACUGCGGAACUCGCCUCAGUAUGGGCGGACGGUCUCAAGUUAUUGUUGCAAAAAUCAGUGGACUCCGUGAGUGAGUUUACCAAAGAGCAGAUUGGCAAAUUGUUUGACGUUCGUCGUACCGUGCAGUUCAUGGGGAUUGUUGACGAGGAAUCACUUAAGUGGAACUCAAUUGAAUUGAUGACGAGCAGACCUCGUGUUGUCAUUUCCGCCAAACGGAGUACUGAUAAAACAAACGAGAAGGUGGCAGUGAGUGAAGAAACCGAUGAGGAUUUGUAUGAUUACAACCAGUUGAUUGAUGCGAGUGAUGGAUUUUUCUACAAUGGUUAG